AUGGAGUUUUUCAACAAAUCAAAAGCGAUUAAGCUUCGAAGCCACUUAGAUAAGUACCUAAUAGUCGACGACGACAAAAUCAGCAAAAUCAAAAUCCGUCAAAGCCGAAAUGGAACCGUUAGAAGAGCUCAAUGGACGGUAGAACAAGUCGAAAAUCGUCGCAACGUGAUACGGUUAAAGAGCUAUAACGGAAAAUACUUAACGGCAACAGAAAUACCGCUUCUGUUAGGCGUGACGGGAAAGACGGUUAUAGUAACGGAGUUAGAAGAAGGUUUAGUAGAUGGAAGAAACGAGUGGGAACCGAUAAGGGAUGGGUUUCAAAUAAAGUUGAGGAGUUGGUGUGGGAAGUGGUUGAAGGGAAACGGCGGAGCGCCGCCGUGGAGGAACAGUGUGACGACGGAUGAUUGGUUUGGUUCUGGGAAGCAGGAUUCAGUUCUGUGGGAUGUUGAAGCGGUGGUGGAAGAGAAUAUGAGUGAAUUGGUUUUUGAGAGAUUGUUAUCGUCUUUUGCUUCUGAUGAUGUUACUUUUGAUUCCGAUACGGAGUCUCCGGUGUCGGUUAUCUCCAUUUCGUCGCCGCCGGCAAGAGAGAAUUUUCAGAAAAAUAUGCAAACAACAAAACCCAACAAGCUCCGAACUGGAAUGGACUUCUUUCACAGGGCAAAAGCAGUCCGUCUCAAAAGCCACCACGACAAAUACCUAUUAGCAGAAGAAGACGAAGAGUCCGUCACACAACACAGAAACGGUUCCUCAAAUAACGCUAAAUGGACAGUCGAGUAUGUCCCAGAUUACGACAACGUUAUUCGUCUCAAAAGCUGUUACGGUAAAUAUCUCACAGCUUCCGACCACCCUUUCCUCCUCGGCAUGACGGGUCGGAAAGUUCUUCAAACACUUCCGCAAACAGUUGAUUCUUCUGUUGAAUGGGAACCCAUUAGAGACGGUGUUCGUGUGAAGCUGAAGACGCGGUACGGGAAUUUUCUUAGAGGGAAUGGUGGGUUGCCUCCGUGGAGGAAUACUGUGACGCAUGAUAUUCCUCAUAGAACUGUUACUCAGGACUGGAUUUUGUGGGAUGUUGAUAUUGUUGAGAUUAAUGUUAGUAAACAUGGUUCGGAUCUACCUACCGAAACCAACAACACGCCUUCACCUGCUGUUAUUGUGCCUACUGUUUCUGCAAGCUUUUCUAGGCAACAGUCUAGUGAAUCGAGUGUUGGUGUUUCUCCGAAGACGAAAGAGGGUAGAGUUAUAUACUACCAUGUUGCUGAAGAUGAUAGAGAGGUGAGUGAUGAAGGUGGGCAAGGAUAUUCUUUGGUUUUCAAAGGGAAUGGAGUUGAGGAAUUGAGGAAGAAGUUUGAGGAAGAGACAGGGUUAGAGGGAAUCAUUGUGUGUAAUAAGAGUCCUUUGAAUGGAAAACUUUAUCCUCUUCACUUGCAGCUUCCUCCAAACAAUGUAACUAUGCAUGUUGUUUUGGUUCUUCCCUUCUCAAAAGUGGCAACAGAGUUGGAGGCACAAGGUUUACUUUGA